UGCUGCGUGCGGGGAGGCGCACGGGGCCGUCGGCGGCUUGGAAGCGGGCGGCGAGGGGCAGCCAGGACCCUGGCCCAACAUGGCUGAAGUCAGCAUCGACCAGUCCAAGCUGCCCGGCGUCAAGGAAGUGUGCCGAGAUUUUGCUGUCCUGGAGGACCACACCCUGGCCCACAGCCUCCAGGAACAGGAGAUUGAACAUCAUUUGGCAUCAAAUAUUCAGCGGAGUCGUUUGGUCCAGCAUGAUCUCCAGGUGGCUAAGCAGCUCCAAGAGGAAGACCUGAGAGCUCAGGCCCAGCGCCAGAAGCGCUACAAAGACCUUGAGCAACAGGACUGUGAAAUUGCUCAGGAAAUCCAGGAGAAGCUGACAAUCGAGGCAGAGAGACGACGCAUUCAGGAAAAGAAAGAUGAGGACAUAGCUCGCUUUUUGCAAGAGAAGGAGUUACAGGAAGAGAAAAAACGAAAGAAGCACUUCCCAGAGUCCUCUGGCGCCAAAGCUCAUGGAGACAGUUACUACUAUGAAGAUGGAGACCAUCCACGGUCAAGGAGGGCAAGGGAUUUGGGUUCUGGAUUCUCAAGGUCUCCUAGACUCCAAGGUGAUAGAAAGACUGUGACACAGAAGAAGGAGAAAUCAAAAUAUCCACUGGAGAACUUGGAAGAACUGGAAAAGCAUCAGUCAUCAGAAAAAACUUUGUCAUCCUCUAGUUGGGAAAAAAUGAGGGAUGACCCUCAAAUUAACUCCGAACAGCAUGAUAGGAAACGACCUAUUCAUAAGAGACCCCGUAAACCUCCACUUCCCAAGAUCAGUGGAGAAGUGUUUCUGAGUACUGAAUUUGAUGACCAGGAAGCUAAUAGUAGCCAUCGAACUCAUAUUUUGGAAAAAGACGCCAGAUACCAAGACCAAGUUUCUCCCAAGUCUUCACAGAAAAUAGGGCUUCGCUGCCAGGAAGCCGUAUGUGGGCGGAACCAUGGACAAGGUGAGCACAGAGAAAGGACACACAGAUCCAGGACUCCUCCCUUCUCAGAGAGUGAGAAACGGCUCCAACUUAACAACGCAGGAAUGAAACCAAGAGCGAUGAAAGAAGUUGUCUCUACUCCAUCACGAGUCACCCACAGAGAUCAGGAAUGGUAUGAUGCUGAAAUUGCUAGAAAACUGCAAGAAGAAGAAAUUUUGGCUACUCAAGUGGACAUGAGAGCAGCUCAAGUUGCCCAGGAUGAGGAAAUUGCUAGACUUCUAAUGGCCGAAGAAAAGAAAGCUUAUAAGAAAGCCAAGGAGCGGGAAAAGUCAUCUCUGGACAAAAGAAAGCACGACUCAGAUUGGAAGCCAAAAACAGCUAAGUCAGCACACUCAAAAUCAAAAGAGAGUGAUGAACCUCACCGCUCUAAGAAUGAGAGGCCAGCACGACCACCACCACCUACCAUGAAAGAUGCUGAGGAUUUAGAUUUCACUCAUGUAACAAACCAGCACAGUUCUACACGUCAUUUUUCAAAAUCAGAGUCCUCUCAUAAAGGUUUCCAUUAUAAGCAGUAAAAGCCUAGGAAUCUGCCUUGCAAAUGGACUCACUGUAGCAGAUACUGCUAGAUGAUGAUACAGAAGACAUUCCAUGCUUACUUUUGUUCUUCCUGUGUUUGUAUUCCUGGGGUUUAUCCUCAAAUAUUUUAUUGGCCAUAAACAGUUUUAAUUUAUUUAAGAUGUUUCGGUUUUUCCUGAUCACUUGGGCAGUCAAGAAAAUCUAGCUUCUGAAGAUUGGGCCACCUCUCCAUAGCAUAUGUUUCCAGUGAUAUAGCACUAAGAACUCUGCAAAAUGCCAUUUUCCCCCAGGUAUGUAAUAUUGGUAGCUAGGAGCUAGGGUUUAAUUAGCAAUUAGAAUUUUUUAGAAAUCAUCAUUAAAGUAACACAUACUUGGAUACAAUGCAGAAUAAAAGGAUAGGAGAAUUAGCCUUUUUUGUGUAUUAGAAGAAAUGUUCAAAGAGCUUUUGCUUUUUUGUAUUUUUCAGGAAAAGAAAAAAAUCUAUAAAGUAUUAGGAGAAAAAAAAAAACACUUGGAACAGUUGAAUACAUGUCUAUGUGAUUUAUAGAAAUUUGCAUAGCUUUUUAUGCCCUCCUGGGAAAAUUGGCUUAGAUGUCACUCUAACACAUUUUCUGCUAUUGCUUACCUCAACAGCAAGGCUUGGUUAAGCCUAUGAGCAGUAGGCCAUAUAUUGGUAUUUAUUGGCAGAAAUUUAAAUCUGUGAAACUGUAACUUGGGUCUCCAGAAAGCCAACUAAAAUUUUAAAAUUUUGCGUUCCUUCUCUUGUUUUACAUGCACCUACAGAUUAAAGGGAAAUGGAAUUGGGAGAGGUUUCUUUGGUGAUGCCACCAUUCUCUCUGCCCAUAGAUUAAAAUUUCCUUCUUGCUUACAAAACGUGGCAGUAUUUCUUGGUAAACUCUCAAAUAACUUGUGUAUCUCACAAUGAUCAUAAUUCUACAUGAAGUUAAAGUUGUUUAAUAUUUGUUUCUCCACAAUUGUUACUGAUAGUCACAGAAUUUCUUUGCUUAAGACCUUUAAAGUUCUCUUCAAGUUCUCUUCAAGAACUCUUCAGUCUCUGUCUAGUUUCUGAUCUAAUGGAAAUGCUUAUUUUCCCAUACUAAUCAGUUCACAUAAACAGCAAUCAAGAUAUAUAUACAUAUAUAUACACACACACAU